CCUAACUUCGUAUAGUCUAAUCCAACAAUUUAACAUUCAACGUGGAAAUCGGAUUUAAAAUUUGCGACGCCAUUCGAAUGGUUGGAGAUAAUAUUUGCGCAGGUUUUCGCAAUAUGACGAUAAAAUAGUUAUACGAGUCGUAGCUGUAAAAUCUCAAGCAUUCUCGAAUGGGUUUUGAGUUGUAUAUAUAUAACCACAUAAAUAUAACCUAGUUAUUUUCCAUUGUGUACAAUACGCUUCUUCACAAAAACAUGGCCAAAAGAAAAUCCUUAAAUCGUGUAUCCCGACGAUACUCCAAACGUAGAUCCAUCGACUCCUUGGGUUCUGGACAUCUCGAUCCUGAUACAUUCAUCGUGGAUGAAGAACAAACAUUUUGGUGGAAUAACUUGGAAGAAAAUACAUUCCCUCCACAUUCCAUGAUUUACAGUGAAAAUGAAACGCCUAAAAUGCUGAAUGCUAAUUCGAGGAUUGAUUCUAGCCAAGGUUCUGAUCCUACAGAAUGGUGGAAAAAUUUGGACUCUGAUUCUGAAUCCAUUGCUUCAAGAAGGUCGAGGCGUAGUGCAGCAAUAGUUAAAAGUCGUAUAUUGCAAACUUCGACUGAUACAUCUGAGUCAGAGAAAGAGCUCAAUUUAAGAAAAAAGAAGGUUCAUUUAAAAGCAAGUAAUAGGAAGAGUAUCAACAAUGUUUUUGCAAGUGUUUUGAAUGAUACCGAGACAACUACGCCAUUACAUAUUGAUUCAGAUAGUGAAUCUUUACAAGGAAGAUCGCAGGAGAAUGAAGAGGAUAAUAAUUCGAGUUCGACUUCGAAGAUUUUGAAAUCAAAACCAAGUAUUUUUAAAACAAGAAGAGGUGGAGAUGGUAUGAAAGAUCAGAACGCUUUUCAGGAUGUACUAACGGAAAAUAAUGUUUUGAAUGCCAGCACUGCGAAAACAUCAGUCGCAUUUGAAAAGAAAUCUUCGCAGCGUUCGAUGCACCGGAAUAUUAAUACGAGUAAAGAUCAUAUUGACGAUCAAAGAAAAUCAAUAAGAGCGCUAGAGGAUAUUGAAACUGGUUCCUUACUUCCAAACGUUGAGAAGGCAGUGUCUGAGAAUAAUGUUGAGAUUGAAAGUAGCGAUGAAAGUAUCGUUAUACAUCGUCAACGUUUAAAAUUUAAGUCUCGCUUUAUGCAGCAAGCGCGGAAAAACAUAGAAAAAAAUGCUUUUGCAGAUGUUCUAGUUGAUGAUUUUAGUAACGCAAAUUCGUCUACAUCCAAUUCAAAUAAGGAAGAAAAUAUUCAUAGAUCUUUAAUGUCACGAUCAUCUUUAAAAAAAUCUAAUGCCAACAGCAAUAUGCCUAAAAGUUCACCAAUUCGUAAAAGUCCAAGAUUGUCUUUAAAUAUAUCUAAAAAGCAGCAGUUAGAUGUAUCGGUAGAAGAUAAAGAUAAUAUUGAAUCAAGUUUAAGCAGCUCAUCCUUGGAUAACGAUGAAUCUCGCGGAAUAAAAAGGUCCGUAUUUUUGAAGCCAAAAUUAAGAAUUCUAAAACAUAUCCGUAAGCACUCAACUAAUCCGUUCGAAGAAAUUUUGAAGCAAGAUAAUAUCAGUGAUAGAAGUAAUGUUUCACUUGAAGAUAAUCGUGCUUCUUCUGAGCGAGAAACUACAACAAGUAUUAAUCAGAAACGUGAAGCAACACAGAAAAAUCCACAAUCAGAAAAGAGUAGUGCUACAAAUGAAGAAAAUUCUUAUGAAAUAUCUCUCGAGCUGUCGUCAAACGUCGAGAAAAGUCGAUCUAAGGAAUCUAAUAUAUUAUUGGAAGAUGAGAAUACACUAUUAGAAAAUAAUGGUCUCAAUAAUGCAUCAAAAUCAGUUUCUCGAAAGAGUGUAAUAGAUAACUCAUCAGAAGAAAAAAUUUCCAACCUCAAGUUCAUUAAGGAAAAAACUUUGAAGGAAUCCGUACAUGCAAAUGCAACGUCCGGCGAUAGAUUAAGUACUAAUAAGCUAGUAAUACAAGAUGCAAGUGACGAUUCACAUACUGGCAUAUAUGUAGAACGCGAUGUAAGUACAGCUGAAUCAAGUUCUGAUAAGGAAUUUGGUUUGACGCGUAACAGUUUAAGAAUUCGGUCUGAAACACCUGUGAAUAUAGAAGUACAUGAAGCUAAUGAUAAUUUACACAAUGAUGUAAACAGAGAACAUGAUUCAAGUACGCUCAAACGAUCGUCUAAAAUAACCCCUAGUAAGGAAGCUCGUUUGACGCGUAAUAGUUUAAGAAAUCGAUCUGAAACACCUGUAAAUAUAGAAGUACAUGAAGCUAAUGAUAAUUUACACAAUGAUGUAAACAGAGAACAUGAUUCAAGUACGCUCAAACGAUCGUCUAAAAUAACCCCUAGUAAGGAAGCUCGUUUGACGCGUAAUAGUUUAAGAAUUCGGUCUGAAACACCUGUGAAUAUAGAAGUACAUGAAGCUAAUGAUAAUUUACUCAAUGAUGUAGACAGAGAACAUGGUUCAAGUACGCUCAAACGGUCGUCUAAAUUAACCCCUAGUAAGGAAGCUCGUUUGACGCGUAAUAGUUUAAGAAUUCGGUCUGAAACACCUGUGAAUAUAGAAGUACAUGAAGCUAAUGAUAAUUUACACAAUGAUGCAAAUAGAGAACAUGAUUCAAGUACGUUCAAACGAUCGUCUAAACUAACCCCUAGUAAGGAAGCUCGUUUGACGCGUAAUAGUUUAAGAAUUCGGUCUGAAACAUUAAAGCCUGCGAAUAUAAAAGAGCAUGAAGAUAUUAAUAAUUCGCGCAAUAGUACAAAUAGUGAACAUGAUUCAAGUACGCUUAAACGAUCGUUUAAAUUAACUCCUAGUAAGGAAACUCGUUUGACGCGUAACAGUUUAAGAAUUCGGUCUGAAACACCUGUGAAUAUAGAAGUACGUGAAGCUAAUGAUAAUUUACACAAUGAUGUAAACAGAGAACAUGAUUCAAGUACGCUCAAACGAUCGUCUAAAAUAACCCCUGGUAAGGAAGUUCGUUUGACGCGUAAUAGUUUAAGAAAUCGAUCUGAAACAUCAAAGCCUACGAAUAUAGAAGUACAUGAAGAUAUUAAUAAUUCGCGCAAUGAUGCAAAUAGUGAACACGAUUCAAAUAUACUUAAACGAUUGUCCAAAUCAAACCCUAGUAAGGAAGGUCAUUUGACGCGUAACAGUUCAAGAAAUCAAUCUGAAAUAUUGAAAUCUAUGAAUAAAAAUACGGAAGUCUCUAAGCGGUCUAUGAAUUUUAUUUCCAAUAAUGAUGAAGACUAUAAUAUAAAUGUUGACUCGGAAUCAACUACAGAUAGUACAGUGUAUCUAAUAACGAGAGCAGAUGUAGAACCUGAAGUUAACACAAAUAUAAGAAUACAGAAAAGCACUAGUUUAUCAACUGAAAAAGAAAUAACUGAUGACGAAAAUGCAGAGCCUGCGACGCAAACAAUUCAACGAAAUUCCUCAUCGACAAAGUCUGCAACAAAUAAUAAAGUAAAUCAAUCUAAAAUACCGAAACCUACGAGUAAAAAUAUAGAAGCCUCUAAGCGAUCUACAAACUUCGCCGAUAUUGAAGAAGACAAUAAUAUAAAUGCAGAUUCAGAAACAAGUGAUAGUAUAUCGCAUGUAACGAGAGCAGAUAUACAUUCUAAAGAUAACACAAAUAAAGGAAUACAGAAAAGCACUAUUUUAUCAACUGAAAAAGAAAUAAUUGGUGAUGAAAAUGCAGAACCUACGAUACAAACAAUUCAACGAAAUUCUUUGACGGAACCUGGAACAAGUAAAACAAUAAAUCGGCAAAGCAUACAGAAUUCAAAUAGGACCAGCAUUAAGGACAGAGAAAUUGCACAUAGACAAAAAAGUUUGGGCAAGUCUCAAAACUAUCGCAAUACGCCGACUAAAUCGUCAAGUAAAGAUAUUUCUUCCAAUAAGCAAAGUUCAUCUAAGACAGUGAAAAAAAUAGAUGAUUUUUUCAUCAAAGUAAAAGAAACUUCGACGAAACAACUAAGCGAACGCGCGCAAAAGUCGCAAGUCUUCGACAAUGAGAAAAUGAAGAAGAUUAAAAUGGAAUUGGAGAAGCUAAAGAGUCGCGAGAUGGCUACGAUGAAAAGAAACUCGAUCGAUAAGAAAGCAUCUGCAGUACAAAAAGAAAGAGUAAAAUUUGAUAUACCUAAACAAAAUACAAAGAAGAAGAAGCCGCUCAUGAAUUCUACGAAAGUAGUGGAUAAGGCAUUUCUAGUAUAUGGAAAAGUAUAUAGGGCACCAAGACUUCCUCGUCCGAAACAUUGGGCUACAGAUCGUCUUUACAAGUUUCUGUGGAAACGCUUGGAGCCAAAGUACAAACUAGCCACGAGAGUAAGGUCCGAAAAAUUCGUGCAGGAAUUAGCUACGAUAGUAACUAUUAUUGAGCGUCGUAAGAAUUAUGAAAAUUAUAAGACCGAAUUAAAGGCUCUGAUGAAGGAAAUGGCUCGUUUGAAACUUAUCAAUACUCGUAUGGACUUUUAUCAUUUCUGCCAGGAUUAUUUACCAUAUGAGUUUCGUGUUAAAGUUAUACCUAUGUCAUUACCCGGCAAUGAAAGAAAUAUUCCCUUCAAUUCAAAAAAUUUGCACACUCCUUUACUUGAUACCGAAUGAGUAAUCGUUGAAAAUGUAAUUACAAUACGAUAGAAUAUAUUAAUUGUUUAUUUAAGCUAUGCGUGUAUAG